CAAUGUGCUGAUAAGGAACACGUUGAAUCAAUCUUAAAACGUUAGUUUUCACAAUCGUGAUUUCUACCGUUUUGCAUAACGUUACUGAAGAUGCGUGCCAUUGUAUGCGCAUGCUUUUAAGAUCAGAGGCUGCAUAGAUCUACAUGAAUCGAUGCAUUUUUUAAUGGACUGUGGUGAACUAAAGGCACAACUGAAGGAGGGAAUAUGGAAUCUGUCCGUAAUUCUUUUUUUCCUGGAUGGGAUCAGCUGACACAUCAGGAAGACAUCAGCAGAAACUGAUCUGGUCAAAGAUGCUUCGUCAAAUAUUCAGCUCCCAAACGCUAUCCACUUUGCUUGCUUUUUGGCCAGACCAGGAUGAUAAUGUUCAACAUUUCAGGAAUUCGGACAGGUUGUGAGAAUCAAGAUUUUCUGUCCUCUCUCUGUUUGAGAUUUGACUUACUGUAUAUAUCAUAAAAGUGUUUAACCACAAGAGCCAUAAUGCGUAUCAGUUUUUGCCAGGCUCUGUUAACAGGAGCCAUCAUUUUGAAUUUGCUCAUUCUAUAUUAUGUCUCACGGGCCCAGCAGCAGAUGAUGGAGAAGCGCCGGGAGCAAAGUAAAGGCUUAAAGAAAGCCUCUUUGCCUGUGGCUGGACUGGGAGCUAUGGGUAAUCUGGUAGGUGGAAGCAUUGUUGGAGGUGUCAAAAUGGGAGGCCUUGAGGCCAACAUGCGUGGUCCACGCGUUACAAUCCUCGUUCUUGAAUUUGAAGACUUUGAAAACUACGUUGGUGAUGUUGCACGCUCCUUUCUGCGCCAGAGACCAGAGUUGCCCUUCCUCGCUGUAGCUGAAAGUCCACCGUACCCUCCUCUGGCACUUCCAGAGGGAGCCCGGCUCCUGGUGUUGUCGCCGAGCCCUGACCAGCCUCCACAAUCCCACCGCCCCGAGUUCAAUGUGCAGACGGAGUUUGUUUUGUUAGUUCCAGAUGGCGUCGAGCUGGACCACGGCCGACAAAUCGAGCGUCUAAUUCGGGAGCUGGAAGGGGAAGGUGGCGGUCCGGUCCGACUCGUUGCUGCCCCUGUGCUGACACGCUCGGCAGUGCAGUGCCUGCACCUUCGGGUGAAUCUACGGGAAUGGACCGCGACCUACACUUCUGCGGCCUCAGGGAGCAGCGGCAGCGUCUGCACAGCCCUGCAGGGAGACGCCGUGGUUCUUAUCCGCACCGAGGACCUUUUCAAUCUCUCGGUUCCCUUAGGGCGCCCCCUCAUGUCUUCCUUGUUCAUACAAACUUCUCUGCGCGGCUGGAAGGUCAAGCUCCUGGAGGGACCUUCGUUCUCUGCAAGUCAUCGUCCGCUGUUUAGCUCAGCGCACAACCAGUGGAAGGCGGACAGUCGCCUGAAAGACGCCACCAAUCACCUCAUGCGUAGCUUCGGGAUGAAGCGCGUGCUGCUGCCUGAUGGUCGCGAUCAGUGGUUUGGCUGCAGUAAAGAGACACCGCGAUGUUUCGGCACAGUGCGUGACGAUACACCGGAAUACCUCUACCUAGAGCGCUGGACUCCUCCUUGCUGUUUGCGCGCCCUACGAGAGACCACUAAGUAUGUUAUCAAUAUCUUGGAAAGCUCUGGUGUGCGUUACUGGCUGGAAGGCGGUUCCUUGUUGGGAGCAGCCCGACACCAGGAUAUAAUCCCAUGGGACUAUGACGUGGAUUUAGGCAUCUACUUGGAGGACAUUCCAAAUUGCGACUACCUAAAGAACCUGGACUCCGGCUCACUGGUGGAUGCUAACGGCUACGUGUGGGAGCGAGCGGUGGAAGGCGACUUCUAUCGUGUGCAGUAUAGUGAAGCCAACCAUUUGCAUGUGGACUUGUGGCCCUUCUACCCUCGCAAUGGAGUUAUGACCAGAGACACUUGGACUGAGCACAAACAAGACGUGGAGUUCCCAGAGCAUUUUUUGCAACCCCUGGUGCCAAUGCAGUUCGCCGGCAUCACUGCUUAUGGUCCGAACAACCACCGUGCCUUCUUGGAACUCAAGUUUGGGGAAGGGGUUAUUGAGAACCCCCAGUAUCCGAACCCUGCCAAGAAAAGACUGGACAGGAGUCGCACGUUAGGAUCGUAGCAAGCAGUAACUUGAUGUGCCACAAGUACACAACACUGCAUUUGUUGCAUUUCUGACAUUGUAAACUCUGUAGAGUAUUACUAUCAGACUUAAAGGUUUUGAACUGUGUCUGAUCACUUGAACGUUCGCAUUUCUUGCCGAUUUUAUUAAUUGUAUGUGUGUUGUGGUUUGGGGAGUUAUAAAGUCCCAAAAGUAGUCUAAAUAUACGGUAUGUAACAAUGGUAAUAAAAGUUCUAAAAUCUAAGGAUUUAAUGUUUCACACCGCAGCCUCCCAAGAAUUCACAAACAUUAACUUUAUUACAUCUGUUUAUGUAGCUAUUAAAGGUAAUAUUUUUACUUUGUGUUCUUGUUUCAUGUACUUACUAUAAUGAUAAUAAUAAUAAUACAUUAUGCAUAAGUAACCCUAAGCCAAACCCUAAUUCUAAACCUAACUGUAUAGUAAGCACAUAUUACUCGGUACUUACAUGUAUAAUUACACUGUAAUAAGGACACCUUAAAAUAAAGUAUCUAGCAAUUAAACACUAAACAAGUGUUAGAUUUUUAAACUGAUUGUCAGAGAAACACCAGUUUUAAAGAGCCUAUAUUGCUUAUUGCAUUAGUGCUUUAUGUAGAGUAAAUGCUGGUAUAUGGGAACCUGAUUUAUGUUCGUAUGUCCACAAGUGAAACAUUGAAUUAACAACCUAGGCAGCUCAUUAAAAUCUUGAAAGGACUUCACUGCUUUUCAACUUAAUGGUCAUUAUUAUACCACCAUGAACUUUGUAGAGUGUAGGAAGUGUUUUGUGACAUGUGGUAACACUGGUGUACAUUGAUGUUAAAAGAGGAUGUAAUGAUCUUUGAAGAAGGUUUUUUUUGUCUCGAAUGGUUUUCCUGUGUAAAUGGUUGUAAACGGAAAGGGUUACACAAAGAGCCAGUGAAAAGAAGCUACUGUUUGAUGCACAUAUUCACUUUAUUUAUGAUAUUUUCACCUUUCUGCAUGAAAAUAACUGUACCUUUGUUUUUUUUUUUUUAGUUUGAUCUCAAUUUUGUUUUAAUGUAACUCAUUCUUUACACAAUUGUUUUGUCAUGGUGGCGCACAAAUAUACAGUGCUACGUAAUGUUCAUUAUGUAAAUGCAUUAUGACCACCAAAUAUGUAACAAACAGCAUAACACCACACUUUGACUUAAUAUCUCAAAUGUAUUUCAGAUGUCCUGAAAUAAACCAUCUCACAGAA